UCAAUCCUCCAUUCUGGACUGCAGUUACCGCUUUCUGACACAGUACAUAAAGAUCUUCUUAUCAUUCGGUCAUUAUGUCGGACGACGACUUUAUGCAGGACUCUGACGAGGAAUACGACUUCGAGUACGAAGACGAGGAGGAAGAGGACAGCGGCGAUGUCGACAUCGAGAACAAGUACUACAAUGCGAAGCAAACCAAGACAUCAGACCCUCAAGAGGCGGUGGGCGAGUUCCUAGCCAUACCAGCGUUGGAGCCAGAAAAAGGAGAAUGGGGGUUCAAAGCCCUGAAGCAAGCCAUCAAGCUCGAGUUCAAUCUUCAGCGAUAUGAAAAGGCCAUCGAACAUUAUCGAGAACUCCUGACUUAUGUGAAGUCGGCGGUAACCAGGAACUAUUCGGAGAAGUCGAUCGACAAUAUGCUCAACUUCAUCGAGAAGGGCGCCGACAACCCCGCGGCAGUCCAAUGCAUUGAGCAGUUCUACUCCCUCACUCUACAAUGCUUCCAAAGCACCAACAACGAACGUCUUUGGCUCAAGACGAACAUCAAGCUCGCCAAGCUGCUCCUUGACCGAAGAGACUACCAUGCCGUUGGCCGGAAGCUCAGGGAGCUCCACAAGGUCUGCCAGAAGGAGGACGGUAGCGACGAACCGAGCAAGGGUACCUACUCGCUCGAAAUUUAUGCCCUCGAAAUUCAGAUGUACUCCGAGACACGGAACAACAACCAGCUCAAGGCACUGUACCAGAAGGCGCUCAAAGUCCGCUCGGCAGUGCCGCAUCCCAAGAUUCAGGGCGUGAUCCGCGAGUGCGGCGGCAAGAUGCACAUGAGCGAGGAGAACUGGAACUCGGCGCAGAUCGACUUCUUCGAGGCCUUCCGAAACUACGACGAGGCCGGCGACCUGCGGCGCAUCCAGGUGCUGAAGUACCUGCUUCUGGUCACCAUGCUCAUGAAGUCGGACAUCAAUCCCUUUGACAGCCAAGAGACCAAGCCCUACAAGAACGACCCCCGCAUCGCCGCCAUGACGGAACUCGUCGAUGCCUACCAGCGGGACGACAUCUACAAAUACGAGGAGGUCCUCCAAAAGAACACGGACCUUCUCGCCGACCCCUUCAUCGCCGAGAACAUCGACGAGGUGACGCGCAACAUGCGCACCAAGGGCGUGCUCAAGCUGAUUGCGCCCUAUACUCGCAUGCGCCUAUCGUGGAUUGCUGAGCGGCUGCGCAUCAGCGAGCCCGAGGCCCAGGACAUCGUCAGCUAUCUAAUCGUGGACGGCCGCGUACACGGCCGCAUCGAUGAGCACAACGGCACCGUUGAGAUCCAAUCUCGGGGCGAUGCCGAGCGGGCUAAGGCGAUCGAGUGUAUGGCUUCCGCGGUCGGGGGUCUGUACACGGCGAUUUUCAAGGAUGCGGAUGGAUUCCGCAUGUCUGUUGCGGAUAUGGCCAGUGGCGGAUUCUCGGAUUCGACAGGGGACUUUGGCGGCCCGGAUAGGGAUCGGCCUCGGGCUGGGAGACUCGGCCGGGGAACGCGCCGGGGAGGGAUGAAGAACCUGCUCGCCACGGCGGGACACUGAGGCGGAUGCCGGGCCGAGGGAGGCCCUUUCUCGGUUGGUACCAACGGGCGGCUACACAGUAAUGAUGAGUAUCACGAGGUUUACGUGUCCGCCGGAUGCAUUAGUGGAAUGAAAUGAUGACAAUAUGGAUCGAAUCAGGGGACGUCAGUGCCAGGGAUUAGUGAAACUGGGGACACUGGCCGGAGAUGGUAUGGUAGACAGAGUUGCACAGAUGAAAGGAGAGACGUAAGAGUCAACAACAUCAUACUUCGACUGGUUCACCCAGCACGGCGACAUUUGAUCCAUCACACUGUGCCAGGCAAGAGUGUCGGUACCAUGCCUAACACACCUCAAUGCCACAGUCCACCUUAAGCAUGAUGCAGGGAGUGCUGAGGCAGAUCCCUCAACAAUAAAACUAAACUGAACGAAAUUCU